AUGGUUAACAGCGCACUCACUUCUUCUGGGUCGGAGGUCGGCCGACCGGCCCCUGCAACAACGGAGGAAGCAGGCACUGACCUCAUUACGUGCCAGCUGUCACGCGCCCGUCUGUACGACCCCAACAGCAACACCAACAAUAACACCGCCGCCACUGCUGACCCCAACAUAACUGCCAACAACAACAAGAAUGCUGGCCGUGGCAACUCCAUCAAGAAGGUCCACAAGCUGAGCAUUGACGGUGACGACGGUGACAGAGACUUUCUCAAGUGCGCUGAGAUGAUUGCAAACAUUAUUUGCUCGCGGCAGGCUUACAAGGAUUGUGACAAGGGUGAGUUGGAGCAUCCUUUUGAGACGGAUGCGUCGGAAUUUUUUGCGCAGUUGCAGGGCCAGCACCAUGGCGAUGGAUGUGUGCUGAAGUUUGACGGCGGUGUGUACCGUUUUAACGGGAUGAAAACGAAAAUAGUGCCAUGGGAGACAUACAUGCGUGAUGUCAAGGCGGUAUUCAGCGCCAUUGAAUCGGGCCCUUGUCUUUCCACCGCGAGGACGCGGCUCACCACAAUUGCUGAAAAGUCACAGCUGUACUUUUUAUUGAAUGGUGGAGUGGAGCUGAGCUACAACAAGGACAUGCUUGGGGGUGGCGUGUACGCCGUCUGUACACGUGUCGACAACGCCGUGCAUCUGCCGACCUCCGUGACGGCCCCGACGCUGCUUGACUUCAUCAUCACAACGGCGGUGGAGCAGCCACGGACGCCGUUGUUCUACGACGAACAAGGAAGGGUUGUGCAUCUCAUGGAGUACUUGGAAAGCUGCGGUGUGACGGAUCCAAGCGAGAUAACCGGUCAGGGGCUUGGGCUGCAGCCAGUGCAGCACAGGAAGAAGCUUCAGCAGUACAACGUGCUAGAUACAAACCUCAAUCCCUCCGGAAAAUUUGGUGCGCAUCUACUGCAGGCAAUAUUCUCUACAAGUGGACCCAAGGAGGGAGACCUCCUCGGUGCCCUCAUCCGUCCUGAGUUAGAGAAACGAGAGUUUAAAGAACGGCAUGUGGUGGCGACUGAAAUACUCUUCCCGCUAUACGGCCAAAAUGCCGAGGAAUUGCAAAAACUUGCGGCAUGGGUUCGGCGACAGGGUUUUAACUCCUUUGAGCUUAACAUGUGGACAUUGUGCAUUCCACGCUCCGCACCGCUGUGUGGACCCAAUGAGCAACCUGUCACGUGCGUCACCCUCGGCGACCAGUUGCGUCACAUCUUUUAUCCCAUGUUUAUGGCAACCCUCUACCCCAUGGAUGCUGCAUGGGCGGAUGUGGCCGCCUUACUACGCAAGACAGGUGGGAUCAGCAUUCGCCCUGAGCAUGUCUUUCACACUCAAAACUUUCUAUCCCAUGCUGUAGACCCCGAUGAGAUUAAAUACGGCGACAUGGUAAACGAUCACUACUUCUUUUAUUAUAUUUGGGCGAAUCUGGCCUCACUUAACGCCCUCCGCACACGUCUCGGUCUGAACACCCUGAAUUUUUCUCCCUCCGUCUUUGAGGUGGCGCCUGCGUAUGAUCAGUUGGUCUCGAGUUUUCUCCUGGCAGAUGUUGUAUACCACGCCACUUCUCUAGAAAAGAGCUGGAUCAUGCAGUAUCUCUUUAUGUACUGCCGCAUCGGUGUUGUUAUGUCGCCGUUGCGGGACAAUACACUUGGUAUGUCCUACUUUGAUCACCCUUUUGUGCGUUACCUGUCGCAGGGGCUGCUGGUGUCUGUCACAACCUCAGACCCGUUGUACUUUCACCACUCCGCCUCCCCCUUAGUGGAGGAGUACGCCACCUUGAUGAAGCUGCACUCACUGCUGCCAAUGGACCUCUGUGAGAUUGCCCGUAACAGCGUGCUGAAUAGUAACUUUCCACUGAAGAUGAAGCGACGGUGGCUGGGAGACGAGUUUCAGGGUGCCAUGAAUCAGGGAAACGAUAUUCGCCGCUCCGGCGUCUGUGACGCUCGUCUGGAGUUUCGCAGCGAGUGUCUUCUCCACGAGGAGACGAUACUGAACCUCGUCCUCUCGCAGGUUUGCAAGGAAGGUGAGCAGCCUCUCUCUCUUUCCUUCAUCUCCACGAGAAACCCAGCCCGGCUGUCUGUGGAGGAGUGUCACCAUUCGUGUGGGGGCCGGCGUCUCAACUACACGGAUUGGCGGAUUGUGUACCCGCGAAUAGACAUUGUUGGGGGCCAAAUCCAGGCGCCCGCCAUCGACGCCGUGGAGCUGCUGCGGGAGGUCAUCUCCCUGCGCACAAAGUACGUCAAAUCCCACGUCAUCGAUGUCGAUGUGAAGGUGGAGGACGUCUUCAGCGACUCCAAGUUUGACGAGUCCAAGUGGGAGUAUAACAACUACUACGGCGUGUUUCUGCUUUCCCGCACCGGCAAGUCCCCGCCGUGGCCGACGUUUAUUCCGUCAGUGCGGGAGUUUAUUGGCGACGUGGCAGCCGUGCGAGAGGCGGUAAUGAGCCACCGCGGCCUGCAGGUCCUUGCUGACCAGCGACUUCAGCUGCUUGAGCGGAAGUUCUUGUUGCACCUCUCGCUAAACAUUUCCAAGGAGGCAGGGGCGAAGACGGAGAAGGAGUGGAACAACCGCGACUUCUUCACGGCACACAAGGUUGACACGAAUGUGCAGACUGCAGCCGGUAUGAAUGCCCGUACACUGUUGGAGUUUUUUGUUGAAAAGGCGCUCCACCACGGCCACGAUGUGGUCUUUGAGGAGGACAACCAGCCUGUCACCCUGCGGCAAGUACUGGAGCGCUGCCAGAUCAACGCCACCCGUAUUACCGUCGAUGAGCUGAAUCACCUCAUCAGUUCCAACCCGCGUAUUCGAAACACGUUUCUGGAGGUGGACAACUUUAUGAAGGGCCGUUACUUUGCGGAGCUGACUAAGCGCACCUUGGAGUUGUACCAGGAGGACGCCUUUAGCUUUUCUGAGAAUCGGCUUGUAAUUAAAGGGGCCUCAAAAGAUGAAUGGUGGAAGUUGGCGCAGUGGUUUGACCGUUACGGCAUGGCAAGCUCACAUAAUCGGUGGAUGAUUAAUUUGCCACGGCAGUACCGCCGCCUCCGACAAGAGGGUGUGGUGCGGAACUUUGGCGAGUACAUCGAUAACAUGUUCCAGCCGUUGUGGGAGAUCAGCCUGCACCCGGCUCAGGACACCAAGCUUCACUACUUUCUCACGCAUGUGUCGGGGAUGGACUGUGUGGGAGAUGAGUCGAAGAUAGAUCUCCCACUCACCGGGACCUACCCGCACGACUGGGACAACGACCUUAAUCCGCCGUACAACCUCUACCUCUACUACUACUGGGCAAACAUUACCACCCUCAAUGAGUUUCGCGCCUCCCGCGGUUUGGGAACUUUUUCGUUUCGACCGCAGUGUGGUGAGUUAGGCGGGGUAGAGCACCUCAUUGGUGGAUUUCUGCUUGCCAACGGCAUCAACCACGGUGUCACCCUCAGCCAAAAACCAGUUCUUGAGUACAUGUAUUAUAUAACGCAGCUGGGGGUGGCAAUGUCACCGCUGAGUAACACCGCGGCCGCCUCCGCCUACCUGUCCAAUCCGUUUCCACUCUUCUUUCGCCGCGGUCUUAACGUUAGCCUUGCGACCAAUGAACCGCUCUACUUUCACUUCACUCGGGAACCGCUGAUUGAGGAGUACUCCAUCGCUGCAAAAAUAUGGCAGUUUGAAUUCAAUGACCUGUCUGAGAUUGCGCGGAAUAGCGUGAAAAAGAGUGGAUUCCCGCCCACCUGGAAGGAAAACGCCCUCGGUAAGUUGUAUCACCUGAACUCGGCACUAGGCAACGAUGUACGAAAGAGUCGUGUUUCGGAUAUUCGUGUCGCAUACCGGUACGAGACGUAUCACUCGGAGCUGGACUUUCUUUCAGGGCAGCUUUCAAAGGGACGAUCGAUGCCGCGGGCGAUGCGCUUGCUUGAGGAGGAAAUUGCCAUCUACGAGGAGGUCAUGCUGACCAAAGUGGUGAUGCCUGCUGCGGCGGAUGAGGAUGAAGGGAGGGAGGAGACACGCAGCCCAGUGGCUCGUGCAGUGCGGUUAAAGGCAGAGUUGGAGGCGUUGGAACGCGACAUGCAGCGGAUGAAGCUUCUCACUAUGCAGGUGAGAAACGAAAACCGGGGCAUUGUGGAGGCCUUCAACCGGAUUCGUGCGAAGCUUAACACAGAGGGCCUCAUUGUGAUGGGAAACCUUACCAACCGUCCUGCGUCACCCAAGUCGAACGGUGUUGCAGCCGGCAACACAAACAGCGGUGUGCCGGAGAAUCACGCCAAGGCAUCUGCUUAA